AUGUCACCCAUGAUUCCUGCUGCUGCUGCUGUUGCUGCUUCUGCUGUAAUUGUGGAUUUUGUUGGUGCCAAAUGUGUAGCAAACAUCUGUAAAUGUCUUCAUGUGAAUACAAUCCCUCUUUNUGGGAAGGAAGAUUUUGUGUUCUUUGAGGACGAUGAAAAUUUUGAUUGGGAGAGUAUUUUAAACAGUAGCUUUGAAGAUGAUUCUGAAGGAGAGGAGGAUGAGAUCAUACCACCACCAACAAAGAAAGCGAAGAAUAUUUCCCGUAGAAAACCAAUGCCAGCAGUGGGGCGUGCUUCAGCAUUGUCCCGAGAGAAGUUGACCCAGAAUAUUUUGAUGCUUCUACUCACUGCAAUUGAUGUAGUUUUGGGGGACAGCAUUUAUUCAUUAUCUGAGGAUGGUUUGAAUGCACUAGAAAUCCUGAAAGUCACUCACUCAAGAUUGUCAGAGGUUCCUAAAUGGCUUGAGACUUUUAUUUGGGAUGCUUUGACUUCUGGGGACAAAAAAAACCUCCCAAGUGCACAGGUGGAAGGCAUGUGGUCACAGUUUCACUUACUCAGGACACAAUCCGAGUUUACUAAAAAGGGAAUUACAUUUUUGGCUGAAAUCACUGGUCUGCAUUAUUGCUCAUUUGCCUUCAAGCAAACAUUUCAUACCUUAGUGACUGCACUUUUUAAAGAGACUGUUAAGUACAGAGAUUCUAUGGACACAAAACUAUAUUCUUCAUUCGUUGACAAACCCUCAAUGUCAAACUUGGAACAACAAGCAUUGAGAUAUGUGGGAGGAGCCAUGUGCCGAAAGCUAUCGGAUAAAUGUAAAAAGAAUAAGCCUCAUUACAGUGACAUUAUUAAAACAAUGAUGAUGGGGAAAGGCAGUCAGGCUGCUGGGUAUUUGAAGAAUACAUGUAAGUGGGUAAAUACUCUUGAUAGAGGAGGCCUAUUUCACAUAUCAGAUGAGUUAUUUCUGUUUUUAAGAUUGCUUGAGGAGAUUGUUAGCAAACAAUUCUCGACACCAACCCUCAUUCACUACCAUCAUGGCAAUUUAACUUCUCCAAUUUGGGAUUCUGCUCUGAAAAAUUCUUUACUUCUUUCUUACUGGGAGAAAUUGACAACAGGUGCAACAACCAAGGUAAAAAUGGACCUUAUGUACAUGUUCAUACGUCUUUAUAUUACCAUUAGAGGGAACUCUUUUCGAAGAAAACUCUUGGAAAAGUACCAACAGAUCACAAAAACUACUCUGAAAGAAAAGGGGCUAAGAAAAUCUCUUAAGAAUAAAUCAUCUUCAAAAUGAGUCAAAUUGGAUUUAUUUUGGAUCCUAGGUUGAAGACAGACCAGAGAGUCCAGCUCCAUCUCCGAUUAACAAGCUCACUUCAGCUUAACAAGCUCACAACAGUGCUCCUAUUAGAUGGGGACGAGAACAUGAAAAGGACGCCCUCACCCGAUAUCAACAAUUGUACACUGAUCAGAACCACAAUGAUAUCAGCAUCAACAGCU